UCUUGUUGUGUCUGUCUCAGUCUGUUCCUAAAUCCUAAGAACACCCGAAACUGGUUUUUUAGUCAACUUUCAGUCGCUGUCCUGUGUUUACAUCGUAAUAAAAAAAAAAUAAAAAUAAAAAUGCUUCGACAAUUAAUCAGCUGGCGAGUUCAGCAUUUAUCAACAAAUAAAAAUUUAAAAGCACUUAUUAAUAUUUCUGUUAAUAAUUAUCAUCAACAUACAAAUCAAACAUGUAUUAUUGAUGAAAAAAAAAUUUAUCAUUCAUGUCGAGGAGAGUUACAGGGUUUUAUUGAAAACAUGAGUCUUCAUGAAUACGUUUGGAAGGAUGUCAACAAGUGGUGGAAUAAAACAGCAGUUAUUUGUUCAGCAACCGAGAGAAGUUAUACUUAUGAGGAAUUGAGAAAACUCAGUGGAAGAUUUGCCACGUCAUUGAGAAAAUUGAAUAUAAAAUCUGGGGAAAGUAUUGCUGUUGUUUUACCAAAUAUACCAGAAUAUAUAAUUAUUUUGAUGGGUGCUAGUGAAGCAGGAAUUCCAAUAACAUUUAUAAAUCCUGCAUACAAUAGCAAAGAAAUUGCUCAUCAAUUAGUUACUUCAAGGGCUGUGGUUGUUGUAACAGUGCCAGAUAAAUAUUCAAAUGUUGCUGAUAGUAUCAAAGAAAAAAGCCUAAUACGAUAUCCAAUAAUUGUUAUUGAGGAUGGAAGUGGCCAAGCACCACCUGGUACAAUCAAUUUGAAAGAUCUUGUUGAUGAUAGUGUUGUUGAAUUUGAAAAAACUGGUGAAAAAAUUAAUAUUGAUACUGCAAAUGAUACAGUUGUUUUGCCUUUUAGUAGUGGUACAACUGGACUGCCAAAAGCAAUUGAGCUUACACACAAAAAUAUCGUGAGUAAUGUGUGUCAAUCAAAUCAAACUGCAGGCAGUACUAAAAUCUAUGAGCCUGCUCUUGGUGAUUAUCAAGAAAUUGUUCCAAUGAUGUUGCCAGCAUAUCAUAUCUAUGCCUUGACAAAUGUCAUCACUAACGCUCUUUGUCAUGGAGGAAAAUUGAUAGCUAUGCCAAAACCAUUUACAUCAAAUGAUCUAUUUGAUAUUUUCAAUAAACAUAGAGUGACAUCUUUUCUUCUUGUUCCACCAAUACUUCAGCUCAUGACAUAUGACAAGAGAUUUACAAAAAAACAUAUUGGGAAUGAUAUGAAAAUUACAUGUGGAGCAGCAAUUGUGGAUAACGAAGUCAUGACGAAAUUUCAAGAUAAAUUUGGAGACACUAACCCAUUUUGUCAAGGAUAUGGUAUGACUGAAAUGUCACCAGUAAUUUCUUUUAGUGUUAAAUCAAGUCCAUUGGGAUCAGUAGGACAUUUAGUAGCAGGAACAAGUGCAAGAAUUGUUGGUACAUGUGGAGAUAAUUAUCAAAAAAAUUUAGACAUCAAUGAAUGUGGUGAAAUUGUUGUAAAAGGCCCUCAGGUAAUGAAAGGCUAUUUGAAUAAUCCAAAAGCCACUGAGGAAAUCAUGGAUGGAGAAUGGCUAAAAACUGGAGACGUAGGUCGUUUCGAUAAAGAUGGAAAUUUAUGGAUUACUGGGCGUCUCAAAGAACUCAUCAAGGUCAAAGGUUUCCAAGUAGCUCCAGCAGAACUUGAAACAAUAUUGCAUGAACAUGAAAAAAUUUUAGACGUUGCAGUUAUUGGUGUUCCUCAUGAACGUUAUGGAGAAAUUCCAAAAGCAUUUGUUGUUGCUAAAAAAAAUGUACAAAUUAAAGAAGAUGAUAUUAAAAAUUACGUUGCAGAAAGAGUUGUUGAUUACAAACAAUUGGGACAUGUUGUUUUUGUUAAUGAAAUUCCAAAAAGUCCAAUUGGUAAAAUUUUACGUAAAAAACUAUAUGAAAUGUAAAUAGAAUAAAUACAAUUAAGAAUAAUUUAUUAAUUAUUAAAAAUAAUCAAAUUAAAUUUAAGAUUUAAUUUAAUUAUAUUGCAAAAUUCAAUUAAAUUACAAAAAUCAAUAAAAUAAAUUAAACGUUAAAGGAA